UUUUUCUCUAAACACAAAAAAAUCAUUUUUUUCGUUACCUUUUCAAUUCUCAUAAAUUUAUUUCCUUUUCCCCCCGUUAUUUUUUAUUUGUAUUUCAAAUGAGCGAGUUUUCAAAAAAUGAGCCCGAGAUUCCUGCACCCAAGCUGCACUACCACCAUACCGAACGCACGCACCUCUGUACACCCCUACUUCCGCAGCUCUUUGACGAAAACAACCCACGCAUUAAGCGCGACAUCGUUCGAAUAGUAGCGCAAUACUUAGACACGCUCGGCUACACCUCGACAAAAGUGACUCUAUACGACGAGGCCAACGUCAAACAGCACCAGGAAAACAAUUACAUCUCCGACGUUGUCCGCCUGCGCUCAGCCAUCCUCGACGGAGAAUGGACCGAGGUGGAUAGAAUUUGCCAGGCAGGAUCACUCAAGGACAAGAAGCAUAUUUUGUACAAAGUGUAUAAGCAGCAGUACUUGGAACUCAUAGACGAUAAUGAGGUGCAAAAGGCGUUCACGACGCUGAAUAAGCACUUGAAACCAUUGGAGGCCCAGCAAUCGUGCCAGGGCGAGUUCCGCGACCUGUGCUAUCUCUUGACUGCAAAGUCUAUCCAGGACGCACCGGCUUUUCACGACUGGGAUGGUAUUGCGUCGUCAAGGGAGAAGCUGGCGGAGUAUUUACAGAGUAUUCUCGAGUUUGAAAUCAUUGGACGCGAGAGCGAGCCCCAACACCUUCGGCCGAAUAGGCUUAUAACCAUGCUGCGCCAGGCCGUGGCGUACCAGAUUGAGUCGUGUCAGUACCAUGCUGAGGCCAUCCCCUCGGUGACCUCGCUGUUGAACGACUAUGCGCCUGUGGUUGUGCCCAAUUCGGAGCAGGCAUCGUUUGUUGGUCACCUGGGCAAUGUAAAGUGCACAGCGUAUGUGGGUGCCAGCGGCAAGUAUGUGGCAUCGGGAUCCAGCGACAACAGUAUCCGCAUUUGGGAUUCAUCCACGGCAGCCUGCCUUGCUGUGCUCCGCGGGCACACAUCUAGGAUUUGGGAUAUUUGCUCCGACCGGUCCGGCACCACCCUAUUUAGCGCCUCGGGUGAUGGCACCGUACGCAUCUGGGAUAUCCGUGAUCUGCAUAAGCCGCAGUGUACCCAGAUAGUCCAGCCCGAUGGCGGCGGCGACAUCUACAGCGUGAGCCUCAAUCCGCUGGAAUCUCACCUGGUGAUUGCUGGAUAUGACCGCACAAUAAGGCUGUAUGACCGGGUUACUGGCCGUAUGGUACAGACCUUCCAGGGCCACGAGCUUUCCGUCGCUCAUGCCGUUACCAACCCCCUGGGCAAUUUGGUUAUCUCGGGGUCAAAGGAUCAGACCAUCCGGUUCUGGGACAUGAUGUCGGGAUCAUGCGUCAAGAGCUUGCGCAGCCACUUGGGCGAGGUCACAUCCGUGGCCACGAGUGACUCGGGGAUGCUCCUAUUGUCGUCAUCAAAGGACAACUCUAACAGACUGUGGGACUUGAGGUCUCUGAAGAGACUGUGUCGGUAUAAGGGCCACCAAAACACGAGCAAGAACUUUAUUCGCUCGAGCUUUAUUGGCGACUCCCUGGUGGUCGGUGGUAGCGAGGACGGGAUGGUUUAUAUUUGGGACCGCGAAUCAACCAAUAUUGUGCAGAGGUUGUGCGGGCACCAGGGCAUCGUGUAUGAUGCCAAGUGGAACCCCAAGCGCGGCAUCCUUUGCAGCGCUAGCGACGACUGGACGCUGAAAAGCUGGUGGUUCGAUCCAUCGACAACAUCAAUGAAGGAGUGCUAAUAAGCAAAUAAAUUCAUUGUAGAAAAGAAAAAAGAACA